GUUCUUUAAAUGAGACAUUCACGUGUAGUUAACACUCAGUUUCACUGACGAGUUAGACAACAUUAGGCGAUAAAACAUCUUUGUUCUGUUAGAUGAAGAUAUAAACCGAUCUCAUGAUAAUGCGCUUCUUCAGGUUUAUAACUUGCUUCAUCAUCACCGGUGCAAAGAGUGAGUUGGUGGAGGUUAAACCCGGAGACCCGGUCAAGUUAAACCUCGGGACUCCUCUGGAUGAUAUCAGUCGACUGACAGUACAGAAAGACGGGACUGAUGUCCUCUUCCGUUACUGUUCAUCUGAAGAGAAAAGAGGUGGAUGUACAGAUGUCAACGUUACCAGAUUUUCACUUGAGUCUGGAGAGAUCGGCGCCUAUUUAACUUGUCCAGAUGCCGACAGAAGUGAUGAAGGGGCUUACGAAGUCGAGGUCAUUGAGCAAAACAACACCCCGAGAAGUCGCGUGUUUAACAUUACAAUUAUAGAGCAUCUGCCCUACGUUCGCCCAACAUCUCCAUUCAUCCAUUCAUCUCCUCCACCUGAUGUACCCAAAAACAAGACCACCACAGCAGUCAACCGAAGCAUCAUCAUAGGGGUCCCUGUAAGCACCGUAGUGCUCAUGCUAGUAUUCACUGGGGUUUAUUUCAUCUACCAGAGAUGUAAAAAGAAGAAGCAGAAAUGUCAAAAUAUUUAUGCUGGGAAGGAGAAUAGUCCUGGAGAUUCAUGGAGCUGGAGAGCUGGAGAUUCAUUCCCGCUGAGUCAUCACUGAAGGUCCACAUAAUCCUAGACCUGACCCCAGUGACAGACGAGUCCCAUUCUCAAGCCUUCAGUGCCUAGACUGGAGCUCUGCACAAGAAGUCUGGCCAGAGGAGAAGUUUCUGGUUGUUGCUAGAUCGGAUUGGGGCUGGAAGUUAAUGAUAUUUAUUUAUAAAAUUUCCCAUUAAUUGUAUUUUUUAACGUCUACCCCAACCCUAAACCCAACCAUCACAGUAACGUAAAAACAGUAGUGAAGCUGCGGUCACACUUGACUUUUCCUUCCAUAGACUUCCAUUCAUACGCACGCGAAUGCGUCAGACCGGAAACGCGGGGUCAUGCGUUAAGUUUCGCAGGUUGCUGCGGUGCAAAGUUCAAGCUUGGUGAACUCUGACCUGCAAAAUCGCAUCACUUGACUGCGUGAGACCAAUCGAGGAUCAAAACACGACCUCUCUGGACAGAAAUUUAAAACAUGGAGCAAUCGCUCACUUUAUUAAUGUCUAAUCAUCUUGUUUAAUCCCGCCCCUUUUCGCAGGGCCGCACGACAAAAUUUCGCACACACAAAGCCCGGUGUGACCGUAGCUUUAUACCGAGUGUUAUUAAUGUUUGUUUGAUUGAUUUCAGCUGCUCCUGGUUUGUUUGAUGGUUUUCAGCUGCUCCUGGUUUGUCUCAUUGAGUCCUGUAUUUCUAAGCCUUUUUUUAUGUAAAACCCUAUCAUGACAGUUCCUCACCACUGUCUUGGUUUUGGACUUCUGGAGCUGAGCAUCGAUGGCAUUACAGUGAACUAAGCUGGGCUGAAGCAGUUUACAUUGUAAGUGCUAUAGAAAAAUAAAUGAAUAAAUUGAAUGUGCAAAGUUUUGUUUUAGAAAUAAGAUAUUUCUGCAAUUUUGCAGCUGAACAACACCAUAAAGCAUUAAGACAAUGAGGAUUGUCAGGCGCUUAUGUGCUUUAUUCUGUGUUAAAUGUUUAAAUUUACACGCCAUUCAUUACAAUACUAAAAGUGGUAGCAGAUGGUUUAACUCAGAUCUUGAGGAUAAAGU